GAAGACCCACCUUCUCCGUCGUCCCCUCCUCUUCUCUGUCUUUAGUUGCCGUUGGUGCCUUUGUGCACCAGUCAAAACCUCUUUCGAUUUUAUUGGUGGGGAAACCUUUCAGUUUAUUUGGAAUCCGUCUUCGGCUUCAGUGUGUCGCCUCCGAAAACAGAAGGCAGCUUCAGAGAUAGAGAUCGAGAGUGUGCGGUGGGUUAUUGUCUAGCGGGACUAGGGCAAGUCUGGGAUUGGCAGGGGUCGCGUUUGGGGGUUAAAGCAGGUCGGCAGCUCGUCCCUGUCGCUUUCAAAGUCCCGCAUGAAAGCCAGUAAAAUUGACCCACAUGUUUACAGGGUUAUUUGCUAAGAGCGAGGCUGAGCCGCGGUGGGUUUUAUUUAACCAGCGAGUCGGCGCAGCGAGCGACAGGACGUAGCGGAGCCCCAGUGCGAAGAGCCCACUCGCUGUCUGGGAGGUGGGAGGGGGAGUCGGGAAACACGGAGCGCUGCUGCCGCUACUUCUUCACAAUCGCCGCGUUUUCUCUUUUUUGCACCGGACCGCUAAGAAGAGAAAAAUGAAUAAUCUUUCACUGAGUGAGCUAUGUUGCCUGUUUUGUUGCCCUCCGUGUCCGAGCAAGAUUGCGUCCAAAUUGGCCUUUCUGCCUCCCGACCCCACCUACACGCUGAUGUGCGACGAGAGUGGGAGCCGGUGGACGCUGCACCUCUCGGAACGGGCGGACUGGCAGUAUUCCGCUAGGGAAAAGGAUGCCAUCGAGUGCUUCAUGACCCGGACCAGUCGUGGGAACAGGAUAGCCUGCAUGUUUGUGCGCUGUUCCCCCAAUGCCAAGUUUACCCUCCUCUUCUCUCACGGCAACGCUGUGGACCUGGGCCAGAUGAGCAGCUUUUACAUCGGACUGGGCUCGCGGAUCAACUGCAACGUCUUCUCCUACGAUUAUUCUGGCUACGGCGCAAGCUCUGGGAAGCCGUCUGAGAAGAACCUCUACGCUGACAUUGACGCUGCCUGGCAGUCCCUCAGAACACGGUACGGAAUUCGCCCGGAAAAUGUGAUCAUCUACGGACAGAGUAUUGGAACAGUACCGUCUGUGGAUCUUGCUUCACGCUACGAGAGUGCUGCUGUCAUUCUUCACUCUCCUCUGACCUCAGGAAUGCGGGUAGCUUUUCCAGACACAAAGAAGACCUAUUGUUUUGAUGCAUUUCCAAACAUUGACAAAAUUUCUAAGAUCACCUCCCCGGUGCUGAUUAUCCACGGGACGGAGGACGAGGUCAUCGACUUCUCGCAUGGCCUGGCCCUGUACGAGCGCUGCCAGAGACCCGUGGAGCCCCUGUGGGUGGAGGGCGCCGGUCACAACGACGUGGAGCUGUACGGGCAGUAUCUCGAGAGAUUGAAACAGUUUGUCGCCCACGAGCUGGUUAAUUUGUGAAAGGACUCCGCAACUCAGCAACUGUGAAUUUUUUGUUGUUCUCAUGUUUGAACUGCACGUAAUCACGCUAAGUCAGAAAAGAUGUAAACCGGAGGAUUCUGUCUGCAUAUCACGUUCCCUGCCUUUUAGACAGAGAACGUACAGGUUAUGAUUUGUAAACAUUUGUAAUGAAGGUUUUCAUGCCAGUAUUAAAAAAAAAAUGAAAUCCUCUAACACUA